AUGAUCUUUCUGUUGGUCUUCGACGCGAUCGUACUGAUUUCGGCGCAAAUCACCCAGAGUACAACUACGACGACGGCGGUCCCGGAUAGCCAGAAAAUGACGGUAAAUUCGGUGUCUAGAGGUUUUUUUCCCACCUAGCAUCCUAUUUUGGAACCGAUAAUAUCGGUUUCUAAGCUAUUGUUUAGCUAGGUGAAAAUGCGAAAAAUCGUUGAAUCGAGGGUUGACGCUGUGAAAUUCGUAGCUAUUGUACGGUUCCGAAAAAUUUUCUGCGCAUUGUUCACGUCUAGUACUACAACUUUUCAGUUGACAACUUUUUUCUACGACCACGCAUUCGAGUACUGUAGUUCUUGGAAGUUUGCGUUGAAAUGCGUCUUCCGAGGACUACGGUAAGAAGUCAAAAUUCUGACUUUUCAGAUCCGCGUGGGCGUGGCCGCUGUGCAAACGGUCGAAUUGGAUAGUAUCGGUUGGUCGAAUUCUGGCGGCGCCAUCAAUUUGGCCAUCCAGAAGCUUCGGGAUGAUGGAUUUGUGGCUCCGUUUGAGUUUGAGUGAGUUUCUCGUCCUCGCACAUUUUUUUGUGUUCAAAGCUUUUCCGUACGGUCCCUUAUGGCUCGACUAACGGGUCCACAGUGGAAAGUGACAAAGUUGAAACACAAAAAAAAGAACAAUAACUUGACGGGACCACUCAGAAUCUACGUAAACUACACGGAAUGCGAUCGGGGCCUCGGCGCUUCCAUCGGCAUCGAUUUCAUGCGGACAAAACGCCUGGACGCCGUCAUCGGACCGCCCUGUCAGGACCGUAAGGGCUGAUCCGUGAGGGACCGUCACUCUACGUACCCUUUCAGCUAUGGAGGUGAUUGCGACGAUGGCCACGUACUACAGUACCCCUCUGCUCGCCUGGGGUCUCGUCACCGAUUCCAAGUUUACCGACGCGGACCGUUAUCCGUUUCUGACCAACAUAAUGGCCAAUUCGCUUUCGUAAGUGCCUUGACACGCUGUCGGUGCGUUGACGCGAUUCUCGUGCCCCGUUCAGACUCGGCUACUCGUUGGUCAAACUGCUCGAGAUGAUGAACUGGGACCGUGUGGCUUUGUACUACGAAAGUAGCAACCAGAACUAUCCGCUGUCGAUUAUAAACGACGUGGAAACGGCCAUCAACAACUAUGACGGUUUUGGAGUGAAUGUGGUGGUCAAACAGGCGCUGCCCACCUCGGACUCACAGGAUACCGCCUAUAUUUCGGCGCUGACAAGGGCGAAGACACGGUGUAGAAGUGAGUGAACUCUGGGGGACCAAAAACUUGCGCCAUAGACACUUUGAAAACGUUUGGAGUGUCUAGCUUGCCAGCCGGUCCCACUGGCUCAUUACAGUCCUCAUAUCGGUGCUCCAAACGGGCACAACUCGUCGCAAGUACCUCCAAAUGGUCACCCAACAGGGAAUGGUCACCGAAGAGUACGUGCACAUCUCUUUGGCGCUGAGAAGUAUCGGCUUUGGUAAGAGACCACUUUAGUUUUCAGCAAAAAAAAAAAGAAAAAUUUGUUUUCAGGUAAACAAAGCGCGGCACUGACGAAAUGUGAGUUGAAUUGCUGUAAGUUUGAGUAGAAGUAACACCGUUGUCGCCUUUUUUUUGUUUGUUUGUAAUCUUCUAGUUUUUGUGGCUUUUUCUAGCACUAACCAGCACCGAAAACCGAUUUUUAAAGUGUCGAGCGGACUGGCUCCGUUCUGGGAGCUCGCAGUCGACGACGGUUGGAACGAGAAGCUCAAAGUGGCGGCCACGAGGCUUCUUGUGGUACGGUGCCCGUUCGGUUGCCUCAUCUCGUCCCGUUUUUCAGAUGGACUUGUCGACCGACGUACCGGAUGUCAAUUAUUUGAACACUUUCACGGCACAAUGCUCUGCGGUCGUCGUGAAUCCGCCGGUUUCGUGCACUACCGCCGCGUGUCAAAACGCUUCCGCCAGUGUACGUAUCAGAGAUGUUGGGAAUUCCGUGUUCCGUGUUCCGUGUUCCGCGUUUUUUUUCAAUAUUUUUUCCGCGUUCCGUGUUCCGUAAAAAAAAAAAUUUCCGUGUUCCGUGAUCCGUGUUCCGUAGAAAUAAGUUUUUUUCCGUUUUUCCGUGUUCCGUGUUCCGUAAAAAAAAUUUUUCCGUUUUUCCGUGUUCCGUGUUCCGUAAAAAAAUUUUUCCGUUUUUCCGUGUUCCGUGUUCCGUAAAAAUUUCCGUUUUUCCGUGUUCCGUGUUCCGUAAAAAUUUCCGUUUUCCGUGUUCCGUGUUCCGUAAAAAAAUUUUUCCGUUUUUCCGUGUUCCGUGUUCCGUAAAAAUUUCCGUUUUUCCGUGUUCCGUGUUCCGUAAAAAUUUUCCGUUUUUCCGUGUUCCGUGUUCCGUAAAAAUUUUUCCGUUUUCCGUGUUCCGUGUUCCGUAUUUUCCGUUUUUCCGUGUUCCGUGUUCCGUAGAGUAAAAUUUUUAUUCCCAACAUCUCUGGUACGUAUUCAACUUUUCGCCACCAUUUUCUACCCCCAGAAAACGUGAAUUUUUAGUCCGCCUCGGCGUUUUCGCGAAGUUUACACGAUCUUUUUUACCUUUAUGGAAUGGCUCUGACGAAUGUGUACAAUCAGAAUGUCAGUUUGAUCAAUGAUGACGCGACUAUUGUGAACGCGAUGCAACUCAACUUUGCGGGUAAGUUCGGAUGGAUAUUGUCGAGUUCCUAGCGAUUAAAAUGAGUUUCGGGCUAUUCUUCAUGUCUAGUACUUUAACUUUUCAGUUGACACCUUUUUUCUAGGACUACUGUAGCUCUUGGAAGUUUGGGUGGAAAUGCAAAGGCCUAAACUCAUUUUUCCCCCUCUUUUUCCGCUAAAAUUGAAUGUCUAAAAGAGCUGAACAAUUUCUAUUCGAGGACAAAUUGUCACAGGAACUCAGAAUAGCUAAAACAUUUUGUGAAAUGCAGUUUCUGAAGCAGGUAUUUUGAACAUUGCACAUCGGGUCUUUCAGGCCUCACCGGCGAAGUUUCGAUCAACGCGAACAACAGCCGAGUGCCGAAAUUGAUGCUCUACGCGCUGGACAAGAGCUACGACCAGGCCUCGUUCAUGAACCUGACCUAUUCGUUGGACGGCGGCGCGGUGGGGGGUGUACUAACUCGAACGAUCGCAAAGUUCGCUAAUCAAACCCGUUUUUUGCAGAGCAUCUCGCUGGGAUACACAAACGAGGCGGUCCUUUGGUACUGGUACGGCGGGAACCGUCCGCUGUCGACUCCGCUCUGUGGAUACGCCGGAACCAGUUGUCCGCAGUCGUUUGUCGAUCAGUACGGCGCGCUGGUCUUUUCGAUCGCCGGCGUUUUGGCACUGGGCCUUCUUCUCAUCGCCUCGUGUCUUGUUUAUACUUUGAGGUGCGUCUGGUCCUAGGGAAAAUAAAAAACCCGUUUCAAGAUGUCUACGUAGUUGCGAAACGGCGCUGAAGACGUUUUGAAUCGUUGCGGAACGUCUUGAGGCAAUUUUUACGGUUUCAAUGUGUCCUUUAGUUCGGAAACAUUCAAAAUUACGCAAUACCGUACCAUAUUUAAGGGGCGCAAAGGAGGGGGCGUGGCCUGACGAAUUUUCUCUUGAUUUCCGCGCGCGCGCAUGUUUGAGGACCUGUACCGAGGUCCCCAGACCAAGUACCAUACUCAUAAUGUUUUACUUUCAUGUAAUCGACCAUGCUGAAUCUAAUGAACAACUCCGUUUCCCACGAAAACGCACCAUUUUCUCAAAAAAAAGGCGAAAACGAGAAUGGAAGUCAGUCUGGGAGCCCGUGUGGCCACAUUUAUGGCCACACGCGCCUACUUUCAAGUGAUUCCGACAGUUUAAGGGAUGGGCAAUCCGUUUUUUAAGUCAGAAUCAGACAAUCUAGUUUCCGUUUUUUUUUUACAGGUCCUCAAACUGGCACAAAAAAUUGUGAAAAAAUUUCAGCGAUGACCAUACUUUUUUAUGUUUGGAAUCGAUAGAUAAACUCUCUGAGAACCCAAAUACAAAUUUUCAGAGCUCUAGACAGUCUAGGACCAGAUUUGUGUUCAUUUGAGUAGAGCCAGUUUGGCCGAAAUUGUAGUUUUUGGGGGUUUUGAGGGUCAUAGGUACCUUACACGCGGCUAAUUUUCCCAAAAUCGGAUUCAGCAUCAAGCUUCCGACCGAUCCAUGUCGAACUUUUCCAUCUAUCUAGUUUCCGUUUUUUGAAAAGUGACUGUAAAGUGUAACAAUUUUGGAUUUGAGCACGCAAAAACACUAAUUUGACACCUAGAAGUGGACCGCGCGCAGCCAGCUUUUCUAUGCCAUUGGCGGCCGGCAAGCCUUCGCCCGGCUGGUGCAGUGGGAAAGUGCUCACUCGGCAAUCUAGAGGUGCCGGGUUCGAAAAUUUUGACCUCGAAAGUUAUUUUGCUUUCUUAGAACAUCAUUUCUGCUCAUUCAAAAUGUUGACUCUUUGGUUUGGUCCACCAGACAAGGACAAAAAACGCGUGCGGCAAACUUGCUAGUGAGGCUCCGCCCCCUCCUCGGCCGCCGAUCUGACAAGAGAAAACAGGGCGACUUUGGAGUGAUGUAACUCGGAGUGUACCGAAAAUUUUCGAAAAAAAAAUUGGGAGCGUACUCAUAUAGAGUAGGGGAACACAUUCCAACAAGAAUUUUAUAGAAAUUCCGAGUUUCGUGAAACCCGCUGCGGAAAUCAGAAAUUUACGACAACUUGCCGGUUUCAAAGUGUCUCUUUCAGUUUCAAAAUGUUCAAACGUUCAAUUUCAGACAAAAGAAGCUGGAAAGGGAGCGAAUCGACGCGGAAUGGCAGAUUCCGGUGCAAAAACUCGUGAAACCGCCGAAACGCGAAAAGGCGGGACUGAGCAAGCGGUCGCUGCAGUCGGGACCGUCGACAGUCACCGACGCGUCGAAAAUGACGUUCGACUCGACGUUCUCCAACUAUACCAUCUAUUAUCUGGACAAAGAGCCGGUGCUGACGACCGCCCAUCCGGCCUCGAAUCUCUUUCGCCACGACUACGACACUUUUGUGCGCAUGCGAAAAUUGGACAAUGAUAAUGUGAACAAAUUUGUGGGCAUGUCGAUUGACGGCGUCGAGUACAUUGCCGUCUGGAAAAUGUGCAUGAGAGGAAGUCUACAAGUGAGUGCGGCAUUUUUUUAAAAAUUGACAGGAUCCCUUGACGGUCAAGGGUACACGGCAUUUUUUUAAAAAUUGACAGGAUCCCUUGACGGUCAAGGGUACACGGCAGAGAUGUUGGGAAUUCCGUGUUCCGUGUUCCGGUUUUUUUUUUCAAUAUUUUUUCCGUGUUCCGUGUUCCGUAAAAAAAAAAUUCCGUGUUCCGUGUUCCGUGUUCCGUAGAAAUAAGUUUUUUCCGUGUUCCGUGUUCCGUGUUCCGUAGAAAUAAGUUUUUUUCCGUUUUCCGUGUUCCGUGUUCCGUAAAAAAAAAUUUCCGUGUUCCGUGUUCCGUGUUCCGUAGAAAUAGGUUUUUUCCGUGUUCCGUGUUUGUUCCGUAGAAAUAAGUUUUUUCCGUUUUCCGUGUUCCGUGUUCCGUAAAAAAAAAAAAUUUUCCGUUUUCCGUGUUCCGUGUUCCGUAGAGUAAAAUUUUUAUUCCCAACAUCUCUGGUACACGGAAAUUUUUUAAAAUUAGCAGGAUCCCUUACGCGGCAAUUAAAAAAAAAACAGAAAAAUUGCAGGAUAUCAUCGGUCAAGGCAACUUCUCGAUCGACCCGUUCUUCAUGUUUUGUGUCAUUAGGGACAUGGCCGAGGGUCUCAAGUACCUCCACAACAGUUUUCUGCACGUUCACGCGAAUCUCCGCAGCGGAACGGUGCUGGUGAACGAGAGUUGGCAGGCGAAACUCACCGAUUACGGCCUGGGCACGUUGGCCGAGGAGAAGAAGCCGAUGAAGCGGAGACAGUUGUGGAUGGCGCCCGAAGUGAUUCGUGGCACCCUUCUACAGCAUCAAAUCGAAAAAUCCGCCGACAUUUACUCGAUGGCUAUUAUCGCUUCGGAAGUUUUGACGCGGAAAGAGGCGUGGAACAUGUCGGAGCGCAAGGAGACUGUCGAUGGUUUGUAGAUAUCAAAAAUGUGUGAAAAAUAAUCGUUUUCUGUUAUUUUUCUAGUUUUUCUCAUUAUCAAAACUUGAGAAUCGAUGUCUAUGCCGAAUUUAGAGCGAUAUUGUAGAAUUCUGAGAUAGCCUAUCGUUCUCAAAUGUUUUUCCCAAAAACUAGACCUUUAGUACUUUAUUUUUGUGGUUGACAACUUUCUAGUACCUUCACUCCUAGGGUUACUGUAGCUCUUUGAAGUAUUUCAAGGCCUCGAGGUGGUGUUCUGACCAGACUUGCCAGAUUUCGGGCCGGCCAUGCGGGCCGGCCCGGGUCGGCCCGGGCCGGGCCGGGCCGGGCCGGUAAAGUGCCGGCCCGGGCCGGGCCGGGUCGGUGAAGUGCCGGCCCGGUUCAAAAGGCGGGAAUUCAAAUUUCCGCGGAAAUUUUUUUUUCGUCAUUACAAAAAAAAUUUUCGAACUAAAGUUUUAGUGUUUCUUCUUUGUUUUUUUGCUAUUAUGAAUUUUUUAUGAGAAAUACAAUUGUUUUUCAAUGUUCGAUGCUUGCAAAAAACCCCUAAUUCUACAAAAAAUGGCUUCAUGCGAUCAAUAAUUCAAAUUUUGAAUUCCCGCUUUUUGAACCGGGCCGACCGGGCCCGGCCCGGCCCGUGGCAACUAUGGUUCUGACUUUGCCGAGCUACAGUACUCCAAUGCGUGGGCGUAGAGAAAAAGUGUCAACUAGAAAAAUGCUCUACUAGAUGUCAAGAUUUCACACAAAAAUUUCUAGAACCAUACAAUAUCAGAGAACUCGACAAUAUUCAUUCAAAGUUCGCGCAUUUGCAGAAAUUGUGUACCGAAUCAAAAAAGGUGGUCCCAACCCGCCGAGACCGGAAAUUGACCUGGAUGGUGUGGAAGUCGGACACAAUUUGGUAGGUUUACGCCUAUGAUCCAAGUGGGACUAAGUAUGGUCCCUUUCAGUUGGUGCUCAUUCGGGACUGCUGGUCGGAGGAGCCGAUCGAUCGUCCGACCGCCGAGACCAUCUGUAACAUGCUGCGAAGUAUGAUGCCCAAAAAAGGGAACCUCAUGGAUCAUGUCUUCAACAUUCUCGAGGAUUAUACCACGAAUUUGGAGAUGGAAGUGGAGGACCGGACCAAAGAGUUGACGGCCGAGAAGAAGAAGGCCGACGUGUUGUUGGGAAGGAUGUUGCCAAAGUAAGUGCGGUCCCUGAAAGUUGGACGCCUAAUAAUGCUUAAAGUUAUCGAUUUCCUUCAUUCCUUGCCCAAAACAACGCAUUUAUAACAAUGUAUACUCAAAAUUUGCAUUCAUCCCACUACCGUUCAUUAACAUUGAUGUAUCUCGGCUGCCGGUGGAGAUGUCAAAAAGUUGUCAACUAACAAAAUGUACAAAAUGUUUUGGUGAACAUUUUUGCAGUUGACAAUUUUUUGAUACCUAGUCGGACAACAGAGAUACAAUGGUUUGAAUAAGCGGCAUUACAGCAUUUUACUGUAACUUGUCAAAUUUACGAUAAUUCCAGACAAGUCGCCGAGCGUCUGAAACAGGGUCAAACUGUCGAGCCGGAAGGAUUCGAUCAAGUGACCGUUUUCUUUUCGGACGUCGUCAAAUUCACCCAACUCGCCGCCAAGUGCUCACCUUUUCAGGCACGAUUUUCGCUAAAAAGCACUAGAGAAACCGGGGUUUUUUUUUUGAAGGUUGUCAACUUGCUGAACGAUUUGUACAGCAAUUUCGACGCGAUUAUUGAGGAGCACGGGGUGUAUAAGGUCGAAUCGAUUGGUGACGGAUACCUUUGUGUGUCAGGAUUGCCGGUAAGGAACGGAAAUGCGCAUAUAAAGUGAGUAGAUAAUAUCGGAGCUGAUCAGUAUUCGCCGAAAAUGUUUUAGACAAAUAAUCGAGCUCUCUUUGGACUUUAUGGCCUAUUGUAAGUCGUUCAAAAUUCCGCAUCUUCCGCGGGAACAAGUCGAACUUCGAAUCGGAGUGAACAGUGGUCCGUGCGUGGCCGGAGUCGUCGGGUUGAGCAUGCCCAGAUAUUGUCUGUUUGGAGACACGGUCAAUACGGCGUCACGGAUGGAGAGUAACGGAAAAGGUGAGCUUUUAGGGCUCAUAACUCGGCGGGCGUUGGAGAUACGCGAAAACUUUGAACUGACAAAAUGUAGAGCGAGAAAUUCUCUAUCCAAAUCGCUUUUAGCUUCCCACAUACAUCUGAGCGCCGCGGCCUACACACUUCUCAUGAAACACUAUCCGAAUCAGUACAACACAGCGUCCAGAGGAGAUGUUAUUAUAAAAGUUGGUCAAUCUCUAUCAUUUGAAACUGGCAAUUUUUAAGGGAAAAGGAGUGAUGGAAACGUUUUGGGUGUUCGAUCGGAACAAUCAAUUCAUGGCGGCCUCCUCUUUGAACAAUUAUCAAGGCGUCGAGAGCACAACUACGGCGAGCCCGCAAGAAACGCCCCCGCCCACGCCGCCGAUGCACCAGGUAUGGCUAUCGUAUCUCAACAACUAUUGUAUAUUUCGGAAAGUGGUCAACUGGAAAAAUGUUGCAAAUUUUGUGCUCUACAACUUUGCAGUUGACACUUUUGCUCUAAAUUGAAAAGUUUUUGAGUUAUGACUCUUUUUCUGCACGUCAUUCGCCAAACGUGUUGCAGAUCGCGCCAGACACGCCAAUUCGUCAAAGAAAACCGGCGGCGUCGUCGCCGACCCUCUCAAAACGGUCGGUGAGCCCGAUUGUGGAGGCCAAGGCUCGCGAGAUCCAUAACGAAGAGACGGAGGCGUUGUACAGACGAUUCCGACGUCAGGAGACCCUCGCGCUCAUCUGA